AUGCCGAUUAUCCUGAUCCCAUUCAUCAUAUUCCUACCGUUUUGCCCCUGGCUUUUCAGCAUCUUACCUCCGGAACUCAAAUUAAUCGCUUAUUUUCACCCAAUCAUGGGUACUUACCUUCAUGAACCAUUCACGCGUAAGAAUCCAAACUUUUUGGUGCAUGAUAUGCUAAUCUACUACAUCCCUGGAUUUUUAUGGAUCAUCACAGUACUUUCCGACGCUUAUCUAUUCCGAAAAAAUUAUUACGAAGAGGGCGCCAAGCGAAAAUUUGCCAUUCUGUUCUUCCUAAACCACAACCUCGGCUUCCUCUCAUUCGUGGUGAAUUUUUGCAUAGCAUUUUUUGUCAUUAACGUCCCGGAUUCGAUGGUGCCAUCGAUAUUUAAUUUAUGUAUACCCUUAAUACUCGAUGGAAUCUACGGCAUGAAUUUCCUGCUCGUCUUCCUGCUGGGCGGUCGCGAUGAGCAGAAUCACUCGUUCGGGACGCAAAGCACCAAUUUGAGCGCGAAA